CGUGCCCUGGAAGGACUCCUGGGCCUUCCUGUGGUUUUCCCACUGCCACGAGAGUCUCCUUUUGGGCACAUCACUCAGCAUCCCGGUAUUCCAGGUAUCCUUAUCCCAGGAUCCCAUCUGACUGACAGGAGGUAACAGCACAUCUGAGCAUGACCAGUGGGAGAACUAAUUAGAUAAUGGGCCACUGCACAUGCAAAGGAGCUGAGCUGACGUUCCACCGAGGGAGAUGCUAAUUGGGGCUGAUUAAUCAAGCAGCAAGUGCCAGAACAAAACACACACAUGGCCGUGGCAGAGCUCGGCUCCUCAUUCCCAGGGCAUGUCUCAUUCCCAAAGACCUCGGCCACAUAUAAAAGCUUUCAGCCCCAGCUCUGUCCCCAGGACUCCGACUCCCUGCCCAGCCCGUCCGUCCCGCUCCCAGGGAUGCAGCACCAGAAGGGCCUCAGCGACCAGGACUUGUGCCACGACAGCUCGGGCUGUGCCGGGAAGGGCUGGACAUGGCCCAGAUCCAGCGGGAGCUGCCACCAAAGCCCCGGGAGCCUCAGCCACGACCUCGAUGGGUCCUGCCAGAGCGCUCCCCAGGGCUGCCAGCCCCCCGAGCCGUGCCCACCCCAGCAGAGCUGCCAGCCCCGCCGGCGGGUGGAGGUGAACCACACACCCCCCGCGUGCCCCCCGCCCGCCAGGAUCCACCGCCGGCCCCUGCAGCAGUACCGGCCCUCCCCGCCCUGCCAGGACCAGGAGUCCUGCAGCAAGCCCAGGAGGAGGGUGGAGCAGUGUCCCCCCGAGGAUGACAGUCCCCCCGUGGUCCUGCAGCCCCUGCCCCAUCGCCGCCCCUGCGGCCCAUGUUGCCCCCCACCCGUCCAGUGCUGCCCCCCACCUGUCCAGAGGUGUCACCCACCUGUCCAGAGGUGCCCCCCACCCAUCCAGAGGUGCCACCCACCCCUCCAGCGCUGCUGCCCGGCCCCCAUCCCCCUGCCACCACGCCCCUGCCACCACCAGCAAAAGCAGGUCACUCUCUUGCCACCCUGUGUGCAGAAGUGCUGAGCACGGGGACAGUGAGGUGCUGGGACCCCUCACUGAGGUCUGAGACCCCUCCCCGGGGUCUGGGACCGUUCCCCAGCAUCUGGGACCCCUCCCCAGCAUGUCCCCAGUCAGUGCUGAGGGGGUUCCACUCCUUGCCCAAAUGAUGCUCCCGUGGCUGAAGGUUCAUUGCUGCUCUUUGCACAUCAGAUUUGGGGUCCCAACCCCCUGCUCGGCCCCAGCACUGACACUUUAAAUUCCCAGUACCCUCCCCUGCCAGGCUUUGGUCUUCCUUGGGGAAGAGAAGCUGUUUCUUCCCUCAUCUGAGCAACCUGGAGAUGGAGGAACAUCCUGCCACGGAUUCACCUUCUCCCGUGGGUUCAGUGGACUUUGAUUUCAAAGAUAUUCGAAAACAGCAACAGGACUUUACUGGGAAAAAAAGUAACCACUGUGACUGCAGGAGCAUCAGGGACUCCUGCACAUUUAUUUUCUCCCCGUGUAUUAGAGAAUAAAGCUGAGAAAAAAU